AAAAAUCACCUAAGCUGAUCCGGUCCCGUUUCGGAGGCUUAGUGGCUGCGCCCAAGGUGCCGCUGCUGCCCGCGCCGACACCAUGAAGGCUCAGCCCGCGGCAGCGUCCAUCUUCUGCCUGUGCCUGGUGCUGGCGGCCUCCGCAGCCUCCGUCGCGGAAGGUCUCGGAAAGGGUUUUGGAGAUCAUAUUCACUGGAGAACACUGGAAGAUGGGAAGAAAGAGGCAGCAGCCAGUGGUUUGCCUCUUAUGGUUAUCAUCCACAAGUCUUGGUGUGGAGCUUGCAAAGCCUUAAAGCCGAAGUUUGCUGAAUCCAAGGAGAUCUCUGAACUUGCCCAUAAUUUUGUUAUGGUCAACCUUGAGGAUGAUGAAGAGCCAAAGGAUGAAGCCUUUAGUCCUGAUGGAGGUUACAUUCCCAGAAUCCUCUUCAUGGACCCCAGUGGAAAAGUUCACCCAGAAAUCAUAAAUGAGAAAGGAAACCCCAGCUACAAGUACUUCUAUACCAACGCUGAUCAAGUUGUCCAAGGGAUGAAGGAGGCCCAGGAGAAGCUAACAGGUGAUGCUUUCAAACAAAAACACCUGGGAGAUGAACUAUAAUGAAUACACUGAAUGGGGCUUUUCUGUCACUUCAAAACCCUCAACGGAAAUGAUUAAACAGAGCAAGAAUGUAGGUGCAUUGGAGGGACAUCAUUCUCCGGUCCACAACGUUAGGUUAAUCCCCUGCUCAGAGUUCACACACAUCAUUGAUUGCAGUGUUAUCUCCUCUGCCUGGCAGUUUGUGCUCUUAAUGGUUAUUUGCAAGUAGGUAAUGUGCAAACACAUCACUUCUUGUGUUUGAGCAGCCACUAAUACUUGGUGUUAAAAGGGAGGUGUGGAGGACAGAACCUUCAUUUGAGGGCAGUAUGAUUGGAGUAACUACAGAGCAGCUGACGUUUUGACACUUAAUCAGGGUCAGAUCCCUCCUUCCUCACUGGUAUUAUGUGAUCCCAUAGUUUUUACUGGGAAUUCCUAUGAACAGGACAUGUUCCCAGGCCAGGUGUUUUCUAGACCUCCCAAACCAUGAAUUCUGCCACUAAGCCAAGUAGACUAAAUGUCAUGAAUGUCCAAGCAGCAUGUGAAACUAUUAGCUCUGCAAACAUAUUUUUUUGUAUGUGUGUAAACCUGUGUGGUUCAUUUUUCUUUGCCUCUGGGCAGCAGUGUAACUUUCUCACCUUUUGAUUGCUGCCCAGGUGAGGGUGGGUUAUAGCGAAGCUUUACGGGGGGGGUUUCCCUUGAUUCUCUGAAUGUUUCUUGGUGAAUGCCUUGCCAUCACAUUGUACUGUACUUUUGUACCAGGGUGAAAAAUUAAACCUUUUUAAACAGAAGCAUGCAGACAGUGUUCUGUGCUAAAGGGUGUAGCUUUCCAUUCUUAAAACUACCACAGGAUGGGGGGGGGAGGAAUAUAUUUUUAUGUUGCAGUGGUUGUUAAUGUUGAAUGUCACAGCUGAAGAAGGUUUCUCCUGAUUAUAAUUCAACUACAAUUCAGCCAUUCUUGCACUAUCUGUACUGUUGAGGGCAGAAUUAAUACCUAGUGUUUAUCUACUGGAACUGAGAAGAAAACUGAAGGGGAAAAAGCUCCCUCUUCGUGACCUGCCGAUAACGUUUCCAGCACAGCCCAGGAUGCUGUUGGCAUUCUUUGCCACAAGGGUGCGUUGCUGGCUCAUGGGCAGCUUGGCCUCCACUUGCGCUCCCACCUCCUCCUCUGCAAAGCUACCUUCCAGACUGUCAGCCCCCAGCCUGUACUGGUGCACAGGUUAUUCCUCCCCAGCUAAAAGACUUCGCAUUUCCCCUUCUUGAACUUCCUGACAACCCUCUCUGCUCAUUUCUCCAGCCUGUCAAGGUCCUUCUGCACAACCAUCUGGUUGUCGGCCACUCUCUGGCUUUGUAUCUGAGCUGUUGAGAGAGGACUCUACCUGUUCAUCCAGGUUGUUAAUGAAGGUGUUAAAGUAUCAGCCCCAGGGUUACUCCAUUAGUGAUGAGCCCCUUCCAGCCCAACAGUUUGGCCAGUUUUCUGUUCACCUCACUGCCUAUUUCAUCAGUUUGCCUGUGAGAAUGCUGUAGCAGACAGGUCAAAAGCCUUAGUAAAGCCAAAAUAAGCACCACCUCCUGCUCUCCCCUCAUCCACCAAGCUAGUCAUCUAAAGGAAGAAAAUCUGGUCCAAAAGCUGCUUGCCAUAGCUUCCCUUAACAGAGAGAAUUUUUUACAGGUACUUGUUGAAGAGCUCAGGACAUUAGUUGGGGUAAAUUGUACACACUAAACCAAACUUGUCUACUGAGUCCAUUUUUACUGUUCCUUAAGUGUUAUGAAUUCUGCUUUCCAGGGCAUUACAAGGCAGGGACUCAGUGGAAAUAAUGGGAUUAGUGCACAUUACAAUUGCCCUGCUCAGCUACUAAAACUUGCUCUUACAGGUUUUAUCCUCUGCUUCUCUUGCAAAUUGUCUGAUAAAUUAACAAUGAAAUAGAAGUCUAAAUGUGUAUCAGCCUUCAAAGUAAAUAAUUCUGUGCAAGCCCUGAAAAAGGAUUUGUGUUUUGC